AUGUGAUCGAUUUAGUGCUAAUCGAAUCCAGGAAGUACUUGUAGCAGUUCUGUUUUCGUUUUAGAUAUAACGCAUACUUAGAAAGAGAAUGUCGGUGGGUGACAUAAUUUUUUGAAUUUUAAGCUUUUAAUAUUAUUUUAUGUUUGUAUAGAUCUGAACAGCAACAAAAAUAGUAUAUUCUCUGGAAGAUCCUGAAUACAUUUACUAAGAUAACAUUUCGUGUCAACAAUCAUGAGUCGAUACAAUGGCAAUGAUUCGCGUGGUGUUUGGAGUGCCAUGAGUGGACAUGCAACCCCAUCGUUUGACAGCGGCGGUAGCUACUCACUGCAAAAUCAAGCUCAGCGACAGGAUCAACGAUCAAAGGAAGCCAGUAAGCAGAUGGUGUAUAGCGUCUAUGGAAACGUGAUUAGUAUCCUGGAAGAAUAUGAGCAGCGGGAAUCUCCCGGCAAACGAUUUGCAAGAUCGGACAUCCAUAUUCCUGAUCAGUCACGAAAGGGCAAAGACGACGUUGAAAGCAUCGUCGAGACGCAGCUUUUGUUGUUCGAAAAUCAACUUAAAGCAUGCCCAAGCGAAGUGCGCAAUCAGCUCGGAGAUGAACUCAAGCAAAAGACAAUCAAAUGGGUCGCCGUACGCCACGGACAGACACACAGCAAGACUGACAAGUUCAUCGCGCAACUGUACGAGAUUCUUGAAAGAGGGCGUACCAGUCAUGCCUUUCACUCAAGGCCAAGGCCGGACAUAACCACCGAGGUUAUGCGUGAGAACAUACCCCAUCUGAUGCGAGGUAAACACGAUCAGGCGACCAUUGACCAGAGUUUCCGGGAUGACAGGAACCGCAAGGCUGUCGCCCCAAAUGUCAGGGCGGGUCCGGUGGACAGUCUCAAAAGAGGAAGCGAACGGCUCGGAGAGAUAAAUCCGGACCUGAAAGGUUCCCUUCGAGGAUAUAGGAAUCUACCAAGUAAUCGUUAAAUUACGGUCAAACAUCUGUGACGUGCGCGAAGAAUUUAUGUGUGUUUUGCAUAACUAUUCUUUAAGAAGCCGAACUGUCAUUUGUAUUUUAUAAAAAGAUUUAACUACUAUUUUCCUGGUUGUAGUGGUUUGUGUUUUCAUUUAAUGUAUUGUUGCCUCUGUUUGUGAACAGCAAUUGUCGGUAAUGUAAUAAAACCUCUUCAUGGUUUGUAUUCAAAUAAAAUGAUAAUAAAAGGGUGUAUUA